AUGGGGCGAAGGACAGCAUUGGUUUUACUAUCUCUUCUGGCGGCAGCGUCGGCGGCGCCGGCUCCCCAGUACGGGCCUGGUUGCUGCAACCCUUGCUGUAACCCCUGCCCGUCCCCUUGCGACCCGUGCGCCCCCCCACCAUGCGACCCGUGCGACCCGUGCAACCCGUGCCCUUGUAACCCAUGUAACCCUUGUAACCCAUGCAACCCUUGUAACCCAUGUAACCCUUGCGUCCCAUGCAACCCUUGUAACCCAUGCAACCCGUGUGGGUCAAUGAACACGUGUCGUAUUUGCUCCGUGCCGGCUCCACCACCUGGAACGUACCCUACAUACUGCCCAGACCCUAGCAUACCCGCACCAAGUACAAACGGUGAUGGCCCGAUCAAGGCCCUGAUCCCGCGAAAUGCAGACAUCGAACGCCUCAGGAGCUGCGGCUUCCAAUGCCUCAAGGUCCCUGGAGGCACUAUCCUGGUCAAGAACAACCCUGAAGUGGUCAUCCAACCGCCUCCUAUCCUGAUCCGUCCGCCAUCCCAAGGCUUGGCUAUCCAACCACCUUCGAUAACCGUGCAACCACCGACACCACACCCGAUAACUCCGCCUCCAAUUUGCGUGCGACCAGCUCCGUUACCACCCAUAUCUCCGCCAUCCAUUUGUGUGAAGGUUCCACCACCGAACUGCAUCACUCCACCACCGAUUGUCGUGCGACCUCCCUGCCCUCCUCCUGUGCAGCCCCCAUCGAUCAGCAUCAGGCCCCCACUACAACCCCCGAUUCAGCCACCAUCAGUCUCAGUCAGGCCCCCAACGCCAGCAAGUCUGCAACCGCCGAGCAUUUGCGUGCCCCUGUCCGCGCUUAAUCCCCUGAAUCCGUUGAACCCUUUGAACCCCUAUGGUCCUUGUGGACCCUGCUCAGGUCCCUGUCCAUGCCCACCACCCCCUUGCCCGUGUCCAUGCGGCAUUUAA